ACGACAUCGUUACACUCGUCACGAAAAAGUGUAAGGAAGAAAUUAGAAUAGCGUUGUAGAAAGAUCCACCAUCUCAGUUUUUGCAUAACUCAUCAAAUCGAACCUCCAUUCCCGCUUUCCAAAAUCGCCACUCACUUUUCCUUACAUAACUCGCACACGUAACCCUAAUUCAUCAAUUUCUUAUUAUUCAAUUUUCACCAACAAUCUUCAUUUUUUGUCCAUUUUCAAUGAUUCAUUUCUUCACCAAACUCGAUAAAUUAACUUGUAGCUCAACAAUUUCUAUAACUAUGAUCUGAUUCCUGAAUCUUACGCAUUCAUUAAGGUUUUGUAAUGGCGUGGUUUAAUGCGAAAAAUGCAUGGGGGAACUUCCCUGAUUUGGCGGGAGCGGUUAAUAAGCUUCAGGAGAGUGUGAAGAGUAUUGAGAAGAAUUUUGAUACUGCUCUUGGUUUUGAAGAGAAAGGGGAAUCUAGUAAUAAUGAAGCUUCGGGAUUAUGGCCGCCUAUACCUGCUGACAGGAAAGCAUUAUUUAACCCUGUAAUGGCCCUUAUAGGGAACAAAAGUGAGGAAGAUGGUGAAGAAACAUCUGAAAAUAUUGAAUCCUCUCGGCAGGAAUCUGAAACUGAGAUGUCGGUGGAAAAACCCGAGUCUCUCGAUCAUGUUCCUGUGGCUGAGGGAAAAGAAGCCGUUGAAACUGAUAAAAGAGACAACGUGGAAGCUGAGGAAACCACAAUUCAAGAGGACAAUAAAGUGCACGAGGCAGAAGAAGAUGGUGAGCAUGCAGAGUCAGCAGAUGGGACAACUGCACAGGAUUUGGAGCACGGAAAGGACGAACAUGAGUUACCGGAGAUGCCUGUUGAAUUGCCUGAAUCUCCCAUUCAGAAGUCCGAGAAUUCAGAUUCCAUUAGCAGUCCUCAAGAGAAAGAGAUUGCUGGAGUCGGAGCAUUGGAAAGUCCAGUGAUGUUGCUACCCACGGUUUCUAAUCUUGGAGAUUAUGUAGUUGAGGGUAGUAAUAGUGAGCUUGGUGAGUCUCAUGGUACUAGUGAUGUGCAUGAGACUGUUGAAGUCGAGACAGAAGAGGAGAGUAAAGAAGAAGAGAGGGUACAAGCAGAGGAAAGUGUAGAGAGAAUUUCUUCUGUUCGACCUGAUGAGGCAUCAGACAAUACUGAGAAAAGAGAUGAUGCAGACACUUCUGUUCUACAUUCUGUAGCUUCUGUCGAAAGCAAUAGCAUCAAUCAAUUAUUUAAUGAAGACCAGUCCAGUGCUGCUCCAGAUGAGUCGUCUGAGGUGGCACCUGACUUGCUUUCACAUGACAAUGAAACAACCGUUAAAGAAACUGAAAGGAACCAUCUUGCCAAUAAUAUUGAAACUGACAUAAAAGAGCAACAUUUGAAUUCUAUAAAAAAUAUGCCUGACUCAGAUUCCAUACUUGAACUGGAGAAGGUGAAAAAGGAGAUGAAGAUGAUGGAGGCAGCACUACAAGGUGCUGCAAGACAAGCUCAGGCUAAAGCUGAUGAGAUAGCAAAAUUGAUGAAUGAGAAUGAACAAUUCAAAGCUUUAAUUGAAGAUUUAAAGAGAAAAUCCAAUGAAGCUGAAGUCGAGUCUUUGCGAGAGGAAUACCAUCAUAGGGUUUCAACUCUUGAGAGAAAGAUUUAUGCCCUCACCAAGGAAAGGGAUACGCUUCGCCGAGAGCAGAAUAAAAAAAGUGAUGCAGCUGCUCUAUUGAAGGAAAAGGAUGAAAUAAUUAAUCAAGUUAUGGCAGAAGGUGAAGAACUUUCUAAAAAGCAGGCCACACAAGAAUCUACGAUAAGGAAACUUAGGGCUCAGAUUAGAGAUCUUGAGGAGGAGAAAAAAGGUUUGACUACUAAACUUCAGGUAGAGGAGAAUAAAGUAGAAAGUAUCAAGAGGGACAAGACAGCUACAGAGAAGUUGUUGCAAGAAACAAUAGAAAAACAUCAAAAUGAACUUGCAGAGCAGAAAGAGUAUUACACUAAUGCUUUGGCUGCUGCUAAGGAGGCUGAAGCAUUAGCAGAGGCACGGGCCAACAAUGAAGCAAGAACUGAGCUAGAGAGUCGUCUAAGAGAAGCCGAGGAACGUGAAUCUAUGCUGGUCCAGGCACUCGAAGAGCUGAGACAAACAUUAAGUAGAAAGGAACAGCAGGCUGUCUUCAAAGAAGACAUGCUUUGUAGAGACAUUGAGGAUCUUCAAAAGCGUUACCAGGCAAGUGAAAGACGGUGUGAAGAACUGAUUACGCAAGUUCCAGAAUCUACAAGGCCGCUUUUAAGGCAAAUUGAAGCCAUGCAGGAAACAAAUGCCAGAAGAGCCGAAGCUUGGGCUGCUGAAGCUGAGGCUAAAGCUGCAACUGCUGAGGAAAGAGAGCGAUCUGUGAAUGAUCGCUUAUCUCAAACCUUGUCUCGAAUUAAUGUUCUUGAGGCUCAGAUUUCAUGCCUUAGGGCAGAACAAACUCAAUUAAGUAAGACCCUGGAAAAAGAAAGACAAAGGGCAGCUGAAAGUAGGCAGGAAUAUCUUGCUGCAAAGGAGGAAGCUGACACUCAAGAAGGUCGUGCGAGACAGCUUGAGGAAGAAAUUAGAGACAUAAGACAGAAACACAAACAUGAGUUGACGGAGGCAUUGAUGCACAGGGAGCGUCUUCAGCAGGAAAUAGAAAAAGAAAAAGCUGCUCGAUCAGAUCUGGAGAGGACCGUUCGUGUUCAUUCUGUCCCAUCAUCAGAUCAAACUCCCCCAACAAAGCAUAAUUCUGCUUUUGAGAAUGGGAAUCCGGCCCGAAAAUUAUCUAGUACAACCUCUCUGGGAAGCUGGGAAGAAAGCUAUUUUCUUCAAGCAUCACUGGAUUCAUCCGACAGUUUUUCUGAGCGGAGAAACCCAGGAGAACUAAGUAUGAGUCCUUACUAUAUGAAGAGCAUGACACCCAGUUCUUUUGAGGCUGCACUUCGUCAGAAGGAGGGUGAACUUGCUUCAUAUAUGUCACGCCUGGCAUCACUGGAAUCUAUUCGUGAUUCUCUUGCUGAAGAGUUGGUCAAAUUGACAGCACAGUGUGAAAAGUUGCGUGGAGAGGCUGCUGUGCUCCCUGGCUUAAGAUCGGAGCUAGAAGCACUGAGGAGGAGGCACUCUGCUGCUUUGGAGUUGAUGGGUGAACGUGAUGAAGAGCUGGAGGAACUUCGUGCGGAUAUUGUCGAUUUAAAGGAAAUGUACAGAGAACAAGUCAACUUACUUGUGAAUAAGAUCCAGAUAAUGAGUUCAUCAAUGGGUAACACCUAAUUUUGCCGAAGAAAGGGCUGGGAGAUCGGAAAGGUUAGUAGUGUCUAGCAACCAUUUUGUGAUGGCUAUUUCUCCGAGCUGUGUAUGAUGUCAAUUGGCACAAUAACAGUACAUUGGAGAUUAGUGCCUUUAGUCUCUGAAGAAUGAUUCCUUUCAGGUCUUCAAUCAAGAAGGAUUUAUACUUUGUUUAUCUGAGCAACAUAUAUUGAUGGUGUUCUCCCUUUGCUAAAUAUGAUUUGUAUUAUGACUUGGGGAAUGUUGUAUAGUGUGUGAGAAUCUUCUCACCAAGAGAUAUAGGGAUUUUUUCGAGUGUGUGAUGAUACAAACAAACAAAAUAUAUAUUCCUUUGAACCUGUGAUCUAUGUUCUGUUUUUCUUC